AGAGCUCAAUGAUCCACAGCCUCUUAAGCACUAAGGUGCACCUCAGGAGAGCAGAAGAGUGAAACAAAAGUUUCUCUCUCUCUUCUUAAAGAACUACUUAGAAGAGCUGAAGGGGUCUCAAGAAACCCAGGAGGAAGGAGAGUGAACAGGAGCCAACCAUAUGAUUUUAAGGCAGAAAUUUGACUUGCAAGCAACUUUAUUUUAGGACUAUUCCAUCUUUUUUUUAAUUUUUUAUUUUUUUUGUAAUCAUCACUUCUUGCAGCAGAGGAUGGAGCAAUAUGGAAAAAGGCUUCUGCCACAAAAACUGGUAGCCAUGGUGUUGGGACUGCUCUUUGCUCUCCCCUCAGCUGUAUCUGCAGAGGAAUAUGACUACUACAGUUGGCAGUCUGACAACAAUCCGAACAGCCGCGUCUACCCAAAAGCGGCGCAGUGCAUUGACAUCCCGGCAGACCUUCGUCUCUGCUAUACUGUGGGCUACAAAAAGAUGCGCCUGCCUAAUCUUCUGGACCAUGAGUCCAUGCCUGAGGUGAGGCAGCAGGCAGGCAGCUGGGUGCCACUUUUGGCUAAGCGCUGCCAUGCUGACACACAGGUCUUCCUUUGCUCUCUCUUUGCACCCAUCUGCCUCGACCGGCCCAUUUACCCCUGCCGCUCCCUGUGUGAGGCAGUGAGAGACAGCUGUGCCCCCAUUAUGGAGACCUAUGGCUUUCCUUGGCCUGAGAUGCUUCAGUGUGAGCAAUUUCCAAUCGACAAUGACCUCUGCAUUCCCACGCAGUUCUCAAGCAACCAGGCCACAGUGGCACCAGUUCCUAAAGUUUGCCCACCAUGUGACAAUGAGCUGAAGGCUGACAUCAUUAUGGAGCAUUUCUGCGCUAGUGAUUUUGUUCUAAAAAUGAAAAUCAAAGAGGUAAAGCGAGAAUUAGGAGACCGCAAAGUUAUUGCAGCUCAGAAGAAGAAGAAAAUUUUAAAAAUGGGACCUCUCCGCAAAAAAGACUUGAAGAAGUUAGUGGUGUAUAUCAAGAAUGGCGCCAACUGCCCCUGCCACCAGCUUGACAACCUCAAUACCAACUUUCUCAUCAUGGGCCGCAAGCUGGACCAGCAGCUGUUGCUUAUGUCCAUCUACAAGUGGGAGAAGAAGAGCAAGGAGCUGAGAUUUGCCGUCAAGUACAUGAAGUCGUAUCAGUGUCCCACCUACCAUACCGUCUUCCAGUGACCCAGCAGUCACCCGCUUCUCAUGAACACGGCAGAAACAUCUGUGCAGAAACACGCAAAAAGAAAAAGAGAAACUUGUCAAACAGCACACUCUGACACUUGCUUUCAUUUUCCCUUUGAUUAAUAAUAGUGUACCUAUUAACGCUAAUAAUAAGUGGUAAUGAUCAUGUUAUUAAUAUGAAUAAUUGUAUCCACGCUCACCCUUCCAAAUGGCCUGUUCAUUUCUUUCACUUCUUUCUUUCUCUCUUUCUUUCUUUCUUAAACUGAUUCAAUCCAGAAAAAAAGGACUUUAAAAAUUAUUAUUUAAGAGAAACAAGAGAAACAAACUAUAUGGAUCUGUAGAAUGAUUUUGAUGUGAGACUGUGCGACAGUGUGUGGGACUAUACACAUAAGAAACCCAAAAGAAACAGAGAGGAGCUUAAGAAAAAUAAUCAGUUUAUGAAUGUCAAUAAGAGAGGGGGAGGCAAUCAGGGGAGGAAAAGUGAAUGUAAAUGGAAAAGAGGAUUACCAUCGAGCGUAAAGAGAGCCCAAAACCCGGUUUGGGCUUGAAGGACUGGUAUGUUCUGUAGGUAGCAAAAAAUUAUGUCUCAUUAAGAAAAAAAAAAGGAAAACUAUUUUCUGAAUGAGAGUCAUUUUCAAAGUAUGAGAUCCAUUUUUGAAUUGUGCACACUCCUGACUCAACUGAUUUUCCUCCCACCUGUAGUGAAGGACAGCCAUCCCCAGGGACAACAGUGGGAUGCAGCUCUCUGCCAUCAAAUGGAGGACGUUUCAUUGCCUUUGAAGCAGAGGAACGGAUGGAGGUUGUCCAUCCAGAGACAGAUAUUGGGCUGCUGCCAACAAGGGAUACUGACAUGCUUUGGAAGCCCUACAGUCCUGUGUUUUAUUUUUCAUUAUUAUUUUUUUUUUUUUUUUUAAUUUUUAGGUAUAAAAAAGUUACAGUCAUAGCAUCCUCAUACAAUGACACAAUAAUAAUGAAGAAUUUAACUUCUUUGUAUUGAUCAGUAAACUUGUAUCUAGAUAUGUUACCAAGGAAUGAGUUUAAAAAAAUAAUAAUAAGUAAAUAAACUGGAGAUUUUUAUACUGAGUAUAUUUUUGCUAUUUGACUGCUUGCACGUAGUUUAUCAGGAUGCUGGGCUGUUUCAGUGUUUGCCUAUUAAAAAUUUAUGUGUUCUGAUCUUUUCAUUAAAAUAAAUAAAAUGAUCUGUCAAAGAUAACAUUAUAUAAACUA